AUGCCUUUCAAGUACAACAGAAAAACAGACCGGGGUUCAUGGUCUCUAGAAGAUAUGACUAGGGCAAUAAACGCCGUAAAAACUAAAUCUAUGGGAAUAAGAAAAGCAUCUAGAACGUAUCACGUACCUUAUAGUACUCUUCAGGACCGUCUUAAAGGCAAAGUCAAUCAAAAUAAUAAGAAAUUGGGAAGGCAUGUAGUUCUUAACCCUGCCCAGGAGGGCGAGUUGUGCAAUCACAUAAUUAAAAUGUCGAAGUUGUUUUUUGGACUGUCGAGACUUCAAGUUAAAAAGAUCGCUUUUCAAUAUGCGAAUGCCAACAAUAUCCCGAAUAAUUUUAACAAGGAUAAAAAAAUAUGUGGUAAUGACUGGUACUAUGGGAUUUUAAAAAGGCACCCUAACAUAUCUCUGAGAAAGCCAGAGAGCACGUCAUUGAACAGGGUAAAAGGGUUCAACAAGAAAGAAGUAGAAUUUAUUUUUCUCUUAAUUUGUCUAAAAGUCUUCGAAGACUAUAAUUUUCCUGCUAAUCGUAUUUACAAUGCCGACGAAAUCGGCAUAACUCCGGUGCACAUUCCUGGAAAAAUUUUGGCGGUUAAAGGACAACGACAAGUUGGUGCCAUUACAAGUGGAGAACGGGGAAAGUUGGUAACCGUCCUUUGUUCAGUAAGUGCUGCGGGAGAAUAUGUGCCCCCCAUGUUUAUUUUUGGAAGGGCUAGAAUGAAAUGUGAGCUCACAAAAAAUGGCCCAACAAAUGCUCUUUAUAAAGUUUCAAAAAAUGGCUCGAUCAACGAAGACCUCUUUUUUGAAUGGAUUGAGCAUUUUGUCAGGCAUACUAAAUGUUCAAUCACGGACAAAGUGUUAGUAAUAAUAGAUAACCAUAAAAUACUGUACACUAAAAGUGUACGAUUUUUGCAAGAAGAAUGGCAUAACUAUAGUGAUCUUGCCACCUCACACAUCCCAUCGCCUACAACCACUCAAUGUGUGCUUUUUUAG